AUGGUCAGAUUAUCAACGGGGUUAUUGACCCCAAGAAUUAGAAUCGGAGGGAUAAGUACCACCAGAUUAUCAUUUUUGCGUUACUCUUCCAAUACCAGUGACAAGGAAUCUUCGACACAGGCUAAUCAUGCUAUUUCAAAUAAGCAAUUACUAUAUACUACGGAUUCGCUAACACCAGGAUCGAUAUUCUUUUUACCACAUGGAACACGUAUAUUUAACAAGUUAGUUCAUUUCAUGAAGAAUCAGCAAUUGAAAUAUGGAUUUCAAGAAGUUAUCACACCGUUAAUUUACAAAACUAAAUUGUGGGAAAUGUCAGGACAUUGGGAGAACUAUAAGGAAGACAUGUUCAAGGUUGUUGGCAACGAUUUAUCAAAGGAAGAGGAUUCAAAUCAUGAACAUAGUCAUGAUGAUAGUGAAGGUCUACAUGACUAUGGAUUAAAACCGAUGAAUUGUCCUGGUCAUUGCUUGAUAUUUUCAAAGUUUGAAAGAUCUUACAAUGAGUUGCCGAUUAGAUAUUCAGACUUCUCUUCUUUACAUAGAAAUGAAGCUAGUGGAGCACUUUCUGGGUUGACAAGAGAUACAUAUAGAGUGUUUGGCAUAGACAGUGUUAAAGACGUUGAAUUUUUUCUUUCAACAAGACCGACCGAUAAGUUUAUAGGUGACAUCAACACUUGGAAUGAUGCAGAGUCUCAACUUACAAGUGUCUUGGAUAACACAGCUGGUAGUGGAAAUUGGUCAAUUAGAGAAGGUGAUGGUGCAUUCUAUGGCCCUAAAAUUGAUAUUUUAUUAAAAGAUGCAUUUGGUAAGAAGCACCAGGUUGGAACUAUACAGCUAGACUUUCAAUUGCCAACGAGAUUUAAAUUGAAUUAUAUUUCUAAAGAUGGUAGUCGUGAUAAUCAGCCUAUCAUGAUUCAUAGGGCAGUUUUUGGCUCCUUGGAAAGAUUCUUUGCCAUAUUGUUAGACCAUUAUCAAGGUAAAUGGCCAUUUUGGAUAAACCCAAGACAGGCUGUUAUUAUUCCUGUUAAUGAUACUCACUAUGAUGCAGCUGUGGCUUUGCAGAAGAAAUUAGUUGGCGACAUAAUAGAUGAUACAGUUGAUAUAUCUCCAAUGACUGGUUAUAAUUUUUAUGUUGAUGUGGAUAACAGAAGUGAAACUGUUGGGAAUAGAAUUAAGGAUGCAACACAAAAAGGUUAUUCAUACAUAAUAAUGCUUGGGGAUAAAGAUUUACAAAAUGGUACUGUUGCAAUUAGAUCAAGGGAUGAUAGAAAGAUCAGUAAUUUAACGGCAGGAGAAAUUUAUCAAAAGUUUAUUGACUUAGAAAAGCGUUAUCAAUAG